AUUCUUCCGAUCGAGAUUAAUCCUACUCGCAAGACUCCAAUCCUUUCUGUCAUUCAUUAAUUAUCUUUGAGGCGUCAAAGAGGAUCUCAGUAUCAUUCGCGAUCUGUCUUGCGGCAGCUUAUACAGCGUUUGCGAAAGAGGAUCGUUGCGACCGCAUCACCCUGAGGUCGCCCCUUCACUAUCCCGAUAAAAAGUCCAACGAAGUGACGAUUGUUAUCUUGGUUUGACGGGUGUCUGUUAUUUCUCGUAUUGGAGGGGCCUGCAUAACAGCUGAUUUGUUUGGCUAGCGGCCUGCCAACAUACUUUUUUCGUUGUCACAAUGCCAACUACUCGGAGGAAGUCGAGUCUGGGCGCAGAUAUCAGAGGUGAUACUAGUGCACCAGCGAUGUCAACAAUGGAUAUGAAUAAGAGUGCUUCCCUCUCAGAUAUCGCGGAGCAACCACAGGGGCCGGGCUCUACAAAAUCCGGAAAAGCUCACCAUCAUAAACGUCGCAAAUCGCGAUCUUUGCUUCGUCGGUUCAAAGAUGCAGCCCUCAAGAACACAUGGCUCAUACCUCUUAUCAUCCUGUUGGUGUUACUCUUCGCCUACGCUAUAAAUCCCAGUGAAAUGAAUCCGAUGCACUCCGCGCUCUUCUUGUCUUACCCUCGCGAACCGAAGAAUCCCGGCGAACCCGUCAUGUACGGCAAGGGAAAGAAAGACUUUGCAUUUGUUGCUUUUUACACCGUGGUUCUCUCAUUCACGCGUGAAUUCCUGAUGCAGCGAGUAAUUCGGCCAUGGGCACUUUACUGUAACAUCCGUGGCAAGGGAAAAAUUGCGCGCUUCAUGGAACAGGUGUACACUGCCAUGUAUUUUGCGGUCUUUGGUCCUUUCGGUCUCUGGGUUAUGAGUCGCACCAACAUUUGGUAUUUCAACACCACCGCGAUGUUUGAAGGUUUCCCUCAUCGGGAGCAUACAGCAGAAUUUAAGGCAUACUAUCUUCUGCAAGCAGCUUACUGGUUCCAACAAGCUAUUGUGUUGUUGCUGCAGCUGGAGAAGCCCCGCAAAGACUUCAAGGAGCUCGUUGGCCACCAUAUUAUCACUCUUGCAUUGAUCUUCCUCAGCUAUCGUUUCCAUUUUACCUACAUGGGUAUAGCUGUGUACAUUACACACGACAUUUCGGACUUUUUCCUAGCGACAUCGAAGACUUUGAAUUACCUUGACUCACCUAUUAUUGGCCCUUAUUUCGGCUUGUUCGUUUCAAUCUGGAUUUACUUGCGCCAUUAUAUAAACUUGAAGAUUCUCUGGGCAGUUCUUACCGAAUUCAGGACCGUGGGUCCAUUCGAAUUGAACUGGGAGACUCAACAAUACAAGUGCUGGAUCAGCCAGUACAUCACUUUUGCUCUCCUUGCCAGUCUUCAGGCCGUCAAUCUCUUCUGGCUCUACUUGAUUAUGCGCAUUCUUAAGAACUACCUCUUUGACGAUGUUGCAAAGGACGAAAGAAGUGACAAUGAGGACGAGGAAGAGGAAGAAGAAUCGAGCGUCUCCAAGACUGCCAACGGAACCAGCGAAGCAGAAGGUGUCUCCUCCCAGGUUUCUGUCAACGGCAAGUCGGCAGACGGCCGUAAACGCAAGUAAGGACGAGCAUGAUUUUAUGACUUUUACACAUACACCAGGCCCGUCCCGGGUUCCGCUUAAUUCGCUCUUGACUGUGUGCAAGAUCCAGAGUCACGGUAUUUAUGAGAUACUGGCUUGCUAUACUUGGUCUUCUUUCUUCGUGGUUGUGUGAUUUAUGGACGACUUUUAUACAUAUACAUUCAAACUUGCAUUAAUAUUUCAUUACACAAAAGGGACAGGAGGGGACCCGAAUCACAUUUACUUCUUUUACUUGUCAAACAUUCUUUCACUGCACUGUUGUGUCAUGGCGGGAUGAUUUACAAAUUUCUCUGUUAUUAUUCAACUAUUGGUUGGGGAUCUGAGAUGAUGACGACGCUUUCUUCUUGAAUUGCCUUAUGUAUUUCUUCGAAUGGUCGAUAUUGUAGUGAUCUUGACGCAGCACUACGGUCUACCUGCAAGGAGAUGGUUACUGGAUCAGGAUUUACGACAUGAUAGCCAAAAUAGGUAUUUCAAAUCUUGUAAAUAUUAACUUAAUUGCUAAUAAUGUGACAUUCAGCUAAUCCAAUACUAGUACGUCUAUGACAUAACUUUACAUGGGUUUGCACGGGUCUUCUUUCUCCAGAACAAUCAAUCCAUCCAUCGUUUAUCGUUCAGGUGAUACGGUUCCCUUCAACUUGGAUGAAUCGGUAACACCUUCGGGUUUCUCGCCCUUGCCCGGAGCAUUAAGAUAGGGGUUCAUGGUAUCAUCAUUGGAAACACCUUGCUGUUUGGAAGUUUGGGCGCCUGAAUUUUCACCGAUAUUUCCCUCAGGUUUGAUUGCGUGGGCCUGUUUGAAAUUACAAAUGCGUCAGUGUUAAUAUACACAACAGAGUCGUCUUCGUG